CCACCAGGAAGACGGAGCAAUAAAGCGACAGUGACCGGUCAGAGAGAGAGAGUGGGCAGCCAGGCCUCCGGCUUCGGUUUCCUGAUCCCUGCUUCCCCCAGGGGCGUCUGAGCAUCCCGGCCCGCUCUGUCUCCUGUCCCUCGGUUACCGCCGGGUCCUCGACGCCGCAGUUAGGGGUCCCCUCCUUGCGCACAGCCAGGCCCGCCGCCUCGGCGCGCGGAGAGUGCCAGGGCUGGUGACUGGACCAGCUCUGGCUCCGCCCUCUCGCCCGGAGGCCUGAGCGACCAGCGCCCUCCUCACUCCAAAGCUGCCCCGUGUGCACUCAGGCCGCCGCCCGCGAUCGCUGGGUCAUGGGCGCCGCCGGCUCCUCGGCUCUGGCCCGCCCGGGCCUCCCCGCGCCGCCUGGGCCCCGCUGGCUGGGGGUGGCCGCCCUGGGACUGGCCGCGGUGGCGCUGGGAGCCGUCGCCUGGCGCCGCGCGCGGCCCGGUCGGCGCCGGCGGCUGCAGCAGGUGGGCACGGUGAGCGAGCUGUGGAUCUACCCGGUCAAGUCCUGCAAGGGCGUGUCGGUGGACGCGGCCGAGUGCACUGCCCUGGGGCUGCGCAGCGGCCACCUGCGGGACAGGUUUUGGCUGGUGAUAAAGGAAGACGGACACAUGGUGACUGGCCGGCAGGAGCCUCGCCUUGUGUUGAUCUCCAUCACCUCUGAGGACGACCGCCUGAUCCUCAGGGCUCCAGGCAUGGACCAGCUGGUUUUGCCGACCAAGCUGCAUUCUUCAAACAAGCUCCAUGACUGCAGGGUGUUUGGUCUCGACAUCCAGGGCAGGGACUGUGGCGACGAGGCCGCUCAGUGGUUCACCAACUUCUUGAAAACGGACGCUUUCAGGCUGGUUCAGUUUGAAAAGAACAUGAGGGGAAGAGCGGCAAAUGAAAUUUUCCCUUCUUUGGACCAGAAUUACCAGGUGGCGUACCCGGACUGCAGCCCGGUCAUGAUCCUGUCGGAAGCCUCCCUGGCCGAUCUGAAUACCAGGGUGGAGAAGAAAGUGAAAAUAAACAAUUUCAGGCCAAAUAUCGUGGUGACAGGCUGCAAUGCUUUUGAGGAGGACACUUGGGAUGAACUUCUCAUUGGCAGUGUAGAAAUGAAAAAGAUUUUGGCUUGCCCCAGGUGCAUUAUGACCACGGUGGACCCAGAUACUGGAGUGAUUGACAGGAAGGAGCCACUCGAAACCCUGAAGAGUUACCGCCUGUGUGAUCCUUCUGAGAAGUCACUUUACAAGUCGUCCCCACUGUUUGGAAUCUAUUAUUCGGUGGAAAAAAUCGGAAGCCUGAAAGUUGGUGACCCGGUGUACCAGAUGGUGCAGUGACAGAACCAGCAGGUUUCAGCAUCUGAGAGGCAUUGAUCAGCACUUUUAUGACCGCAGCAGCACCACUAUCUGGGCAAAUCCUUAUUACCCAGCCGGUAAUUUCAUCCUGGAAAUGAACCUCUUUUUGGAGUUACGAAUGUUCUGAGUUAAUACAAGGAAAGUAUUAAAGGUGAUUUGCGAAUAAGAACACACAUAGAUUUUAGGUAAUGAGGACUUUUAAAAUAAAUACAAUUGUCCAUAAAAUUAUUUGGAAUGUGAUGGUAGCUAUUACACUUCUUCAGUCCCUGACGUUAAUACUGAUGAGUAAAGAAAGUUGAAAGAAUCAACUGAAAAGCUACAAUUUUCUUCUGAAUGUUUAUAUUUUAUUAUGUAUUGUUGUGUAUUUUAGGAAAAAUGGGAAACAGUGUGCCUUAAUACGUUAACACACAAAUCCAUCUUACUGGGUUUAACAUUGCCAUUGAGUCCUGUUGAGUUUUGCUCAUGUGGUUUUGCCCCCAUCAUUAUGGAAUUGUGUUGUAUUUGAAACGGAAAUUAUUCUGCAGACUUUGUUUCUUGAUUUGAUUAUGCCUCUGUUAAGCCAUGUAAAAGUAAUUGUAACUGACAGGGACAAACAGUGCAAAUUCCAAGUAUGAUAAAGAAGAGAAUGGGGUUUGAAAGCAAAAGGAAUUUUGAGAAUAACAAUAGGAGGAAGGAAUCAUGAACCUGUUUUUUUUUUUAGAUGCAAGUAAUUUUUGAACUAUUCUGGUAUAACUAAACAAGAAUUCUCACUGAUGUAACAUGUGAAUGAAUGAACUCACCUAUAAUUUUGUGGUUUCUUGAAUAUCAUUGAAUAUAUUGAAUAAAUGUGAUUCUCAAUUGUA